AUUCCGCUGCUGCCCGGAGGCGACAAUGGCGUGGUCGGGUAAUCUCCCUCGACUCUCUUAUUCAAGCCGUCGGGGCUAGUCAUGCAAACAGAGUUCCAACCCACAUCGGCGCCCGGGAUGCUACUAGCAACGAGGGCAGGAGAGGCUUGCGCAGGAGAGAGUUUGCGCCCCCCGUUGUCUUAUCCGCGCCCGCGGUGGGCCUCUGCCUUUGCCUGCUUGCCGCGGGCCGGCAAAAGGGCCUGCAAGCACUCGGCGCUAGCGGUAGCCUGCGCGUCUGCACACUCCGCCCUUGACAGCAGGCGCUGGCGGAAGCUUGUGCGGAGAACGUCACGGCAUCGCAGCAAGCCACCCACUCCCGCCUGGGGCCUCGCCCGCCCUCACCAUGAUGCACUGCGCCGCACUAGUUCGCGCAGGCCCCUGGUCCGCUCCUCGGCCAGCAGAUCUCUGCUGGCCUACGAUCCAUCCAUCGUUCCCGCUCGGCCCUGCCCUGCUGCCAGACCACUCAUCAGUCAUCACACCGCCGCCGCCGCGCUCCCCGUCGCCUCAUUUCAUUCCCAGUAUAUCACUGGGGCACGUCCGGCGCCUCUCGCGACUGCCCUUCAACCAGUCCCCGUUGCUCCAGCCUCUCCUCUCCCGCUUACAGGCCAGGGUGCAGCUCUUGCCAUUCCCUCGUCAGCCUUAUUUCCACCCAAUCGCCUCCGAACGCCUCAUUCUUCCCCUUCAUUCAUUGCGUCGUCGUCGAGCAUUUGGUCCCACGGCCCACGACUGCACGGAUGAUGCUCGUGUUGUGACGCAACUCGGAUCUGCACCACGGCAUUCCGCCGAUCCGUUGGCACAACCACCUGGCCACCCUCGACAAUAUUAACCCUCAGCACCUCGGACGUGCCGCUUGUUACAUGGUUGUCACUGCUUUCAUUUGGGACCGUCUUUGCGUCCCACCUCGUCCG